GCUCUUAUCCUUCUCUACACGCCUUUCCUGCUCCCCUAAGAGCUCCUCAUUUCUUCCUUCCGACUCGACUGAAGGCCUCGUGAGCCUCAGCCAAGAUGGGGAUAUUCUCACGCUCGAAACGCCAGUCCGAAGGCCCAGGUCCAUCCACGCCCAUCUCCACGACCAAAGAUGACCCUCCUCCAGCCUACCACAACCCCCGUCCUACAGGCCUCCGCCUCCUAACAGCAAUCUCCUACCUCCUGGCGACAGUCUUCUUGAUCCUCGUCGAGAUCGGCAACAUCAACAACAAGGCCGUCAUCCGGUCAACCUGGUUUCUCCAAAUCAAUCUCGCCAAUAUCAUCCCGGCCUCGGUCCCCAACGCCGUCUUCAUCAACUCUAUAGCCCAGUCUAUUGGCCUGCACGACUUCUAUCAAGUCGGUCUCUGGGACUUCUGCGAGGGCUACAAUGGCCAAGGCAUCACGCACUGUUCCCAUCCAACGUCCCUUUACUGGUUCAAUCCCGUCGAGAUCAUCCUCAAUGAGCUUCUCGCCGGUGCUAGCAUCACCUUGCCCACCGAGAUUGUCAACAUUCUCAAUCUAGUCAAACUUGCCAGCGCAUGGAUGUUCUCUUGCUUCCUGGUCGGCACGGUCCUGACGUUCCUAUGCAUCUUCCUUACUCCACUGGGAUUCUCACAGAAACCACGAUGGGAGCACAAAGCGCGGAGGGUCUUCUUCCGACAGUUUCCCAUUACGCUGCUAUCAUUUGGCGCGCUGCUGUUCACGGCGGCAGGGUCAGUCAUUGCCACAGUCAUGUUCGUCAUUUUCCAGCAAAAGGUUUCGACCGCAGCCGCCGAUCUUAAUAUUGAAGCGUACCUGGGCAGGCCAAUGCUGGCGUUCAUGUGGACGGCUACCGGAUUCAAUUUGAUAGGCUUCCUGAUGCAGAUUGGCACUUGUUGUGGCGUGUGCUGCUGUACGGGACGGAGAAAGGCUGAAAGAAGGAGUCGCAGGGCUAAUGCGCCGAACAUGUCAGAGAAGCAGAGUGCGGCCUCGAGCAGGUCUCCUGGUUCGUUUGGCUUCAGGAGAAGAGGAAAGUAAAUCUUUCGUGGCUUCUGGGCUUUCAACCCUCACCUAAACAACCAAUAA